CUGUAAGUUAAAAAAGGCAAAAACCACCUUCACGGGAAACUAACAUGGCAAGCAAAUAUCCAUUAGAACGCCUCGAAGACGUGUUUCAGGAAGAGAUCGUUCUAGCUUUUCCCAAAAUCGUCAACUUUAAAAAAUUCGCUCGUUCCAGCGCUGGGCUGCGUUUGGAUCAACACGAGAUCGAUGACAUUGUGGAAGACUUUGGUAAAUCGGUUGAAGAGCAAAAAUUGCAAAUGUUGAUGAAGUGGCAGCAAAAUUCCGGUUCUGCGGCUACAGUGUCAAAGAUACGAGCUAUUGUUGAUGGAUACAAAACUGGCAAUUCGAACGAAGAUUAUAUAAAUGUCGGCGGCGUGUUCAGAGCAUUCCGCGAUCAGCCAUUGUGUGGAAGAAGACAUGUUUAUCGAGGAGAGCAGCUGAGCAAGGUAACUGGUCCCAGACUUGUGGCGAUCAAAUUCCUCGACUUCAACAAACGUAACCUGCAGGAGGCCAAGGUUCUUCUAAAGCUGGCUCUUCAUCCAAAUGUUGUUUCCAUUAUCCAUUCCGACGAAUAUCAUGGAGACCCGUUCACCCAAAGAAUGUUCAUUGUUAUGGAACUUUGUCACGAUGAAAAUCUUACUGAUUUUCUGAAAAAUAGAGAAAAAAUGCGCGUCCCAUUCGAAGACGACCUGGCCAUAUCGUUUGCGCAGCAGCUGCUCCACGGUUUGCAGUUUAUUCACCGAAACGACGUCAUACAUCGCGAUUUAAAGCCUGACAACAUCCUGCUGUCGCUUGAUGAAAAGACUCCCAAAAUAUCCGAUUUCGGUCUGUCGAAAGAGCUUCGCAAAGGCCGUUCAUACACUGCCCAAAGUAUCAUGCGAGCUGGUACUGAUGGCUACAGAGCUCCGGAAACCUAUAACGACGAUGUGAUUUCUGAAAAAUCCGAUACGUAUUCGAUGGGUCUCGUGAUAUACGCGGUAUGGAGUCAUGGAAAACAUCCAUUUGGUGAAGAUCCAGAUGGAUGGAACAUGUACAUCAAAAAAAACAAAAACCGUGAUCUCAGCCAUCUGCUUCUCAGCGACAAAACCAAAGCAAUUAAUUUGCUUGACAAGAUGCUGCAGUUUGAGCCGAAAAAUCGCCCAACGGCUGACAAACUUCUAGUCGAUGAAUUAUUUCGAAGAUCGGUGAAAGGUAAAUCGGAAAAUUCUUCAGAACUAAGUUUGAAAAAUAUGAAUCUUGAGAGUGAAGAAUUAGAAAGCGAAGUUCAAGGGGCAACAGUGCAGAUUCGAGGCAUGAAGCCAUCGGCACUCAAACAAAAACCCAUACAAGGUAAAUCGGAAAAUUCUUCAGAACUAAGUUUGAAAAAUAUGAAUCUUGAGAGUGAAGAAUUAGAAAGCGAAGUUCAAGGGGCAACAGUGCAGAUUCGAGGCAUGAAGCCAUCGGCACUCGAACAAAAACCCAUACAAGGAGCGACAAAAGUCUUCAACGCUAACGAUGAGAAUGUAAUUAUCUUGUCUUUCUAUGAUAAAUUCUGCUUUUACAAACCAGCAACAAAGGAAUGGCACGAAUGGAAGAAAAUAUCAGUACUCUCUAAUUGCUACUAUUCUAUUGUUGCAAUGAACGAUAAUCUCUAUGUACUGAUGGCAAAUGUUGAAGUUCAUCGUACGAAAUAUCCCGAUUCUGAACCGAUAUGGGAAAGAUUGUCGGACAUGAUAAGCAAACACGGAUAUUUUCCACCGGCAGUUGUAAUGAAUGGAUAUAUCUACGUGUGUGGUGGUCUGGGAUUGAAGAGCCGCCCAGUCGAAAGAUACAAUCCAGAGAAUAAUGAAUGGCGAAAGUUGGAAAGCAUGAAAAUAGGAAGAAAUACCCCCGUAGUUAUUACAGCUAAAGGACGUUUGUAUUGUUUCGGUGGAAUUGAUGAAUCCCUUAACAAGCUCGAAAGUGGCGAAGUAUUCGAUCCUGAAAGUUCAAAAUGGGAGUUCACUGCGCCGAUGCCUGUAGGCAUGGAAUAUGCAUCUGCCGUGCAGUCAAACGAUCUCAUAUACAUCGCAGGUGGCCAAGUACUUCUUUGCUAUGAUAUAAACAACAAUUCAUGGCCGAAAAUAUCUUUGCAAAUUCAGUUGUCGGAUUCUCGUUGGAGAUUCAUACGUAUUGUUGCUCUCAACAACGAAAUCUAUUUUAUUAUAGAUGCAGAAGGCAAUUUUUCUUUGUACAAAUUUGAUCCGGAGACAAAUCAAGCUGAACACGUUGAUACAGAUGAAAGAUUCAAGUGUGAAUCUAUUGCUGUCGGCCAUAUGUGAUAUCACGUCAGUGACAAAUCAGCCCUACGCAAAACAAUAUUAUUAUAUUAAAUGUGACAAUCAAUGUACAUAAUGUUUUAUAAUUAAAAGUCAGAAAAUACACGCAAAAUGUGCUGCCGUAAUAUCGUUUGAUAAUCCCACUUGUAUUCAUUGAAGAAAUACCGAAACUCAUACAAGAAAUUCGUACAAAAAUGUAAUUUGGUCCGAUUUGUUUUUUGCAAAAAUUUUAUUAA